AUCGUCUUGAGACCAUCCCAAGCAUCACGUCCCCCAGACAACAAGCCACUCACGAGGAGCUAGUGUCAAACAAGAUGACGCAGCGGCACUCCCUUUUCGCCAUCGCUUCCCUCCUCCUCCUCCUGCUACUCGCAACCCAUCUCCCACUUAACCGGGCGGCCGGUCAUGACUAUGCCGACGCGCUGUCCAAGUCCAUCCUCUUCUUCGAGGGCCAGAGGUCCGGGUGGCUGCCGCCAGACCAGCGGAUGGGUUGGCGCGCCACCUCGGGCCUCGGCGACGGGUGGACGCACCACAUGGACCUGACCGGCGGGUACUACGAUGCGGGCGACAACGUCAAGUUCAACUUCCCGAUGGCCUUCACCGCGACCCUGCUGGCGUGGAGCGUGAUCGAGUUCGGGGAGGUGAUGCCCCCCGCCGAGCAGCGGAACGCUCUGGUGGCGGUCCGCUGGGGCACCGACUAUCUCCUCAAGUCCAUUUCUCAGCUGCCCAACCGGAUAUUCGUGCAGGUCGGUGAUCCAAACAGUGACCAUGACUGCUGGGAAAGACCGGAGGACAUGGACACAGCGAGAACAGCUUAUGUCGUCGAUGCCCCUAAUCCAGCAUCUGACGUUGCCGGGGAGACUGCAGCAGCUCUGGCAGCAGCAUCCAUGGCGUUCCGGUCAUCAGACCCAGGAUAUUCCGAGACCCUCUUGAGAAAUGCCAUCAAGGCCUUCGAUUACGCUGACACUCACAGGGGAGCUUACAGUGACAAUGCCAACAUCAAAGACGACGUUUGCCCAUUUUACUGCGACUUCGACGGGUACCAGGACGAGUUGCUGUGGGGUGCGGCGUGGCUCAGGAGGGCGACUCAGGACAAUUUGUACCUCGAUUACAUCCAAAACAAUGGUCAGACGCUCGGCGCCGAAGAGAAUAUCAACGAGUUCGGGUGGGACAACAAACACGCCGGUCUCAAUGUGCUCGUCUCCAAGGAAUUCCUGGAAGGCAGCAUGUUCGCGCUCGAAUCCUACAAGGCAUCAGCCGACAGCUUCAUGUGCACGCUCAUCCCCGAAUCAUCGACCGCUUAUCACAUAGACCUCACUCCCGGUGGCCUCAUCUACAAGCCCGGCGGCAGCAACCUCCAGCACUCGACCUCCAUCUCGUUUCUCCUCCUCGUCUACGCCAACUACCUCGAGCGGACCUCGCAGUCUGCCAGCUGUGGCGGCAUGACUGUGGGCCCAGCCGAGCUGCGGCAGCAGGCCAAGCGACAGGUCGACUACAUCCUGGGCGACAACCCAAAGGGCAUGUCUUACAUGGUGGGCUACGGCGGGCAGUACCCGCAAAGGAUCCACCACCGCGGGUCCUCUCUCCCGUCGAUCAAAGACCGGCCCGAUUCCAUCGGGUGCAAGGAAGGAUCGGUCUAUUUCAAUUCGCCAUGGCCUAACCCGAACGUACUCGUCGGAGCCCUAGUGGGCGGACCCAGUGAGGACGAUUCGUUCGAGGACGACAGGGCCGAUUUCAGGAAGUCCGAGCCGACCACUUACAUCAACGCGCCAUUCGUUGGCGUGCUUGCAUAUUUUGCAGCCAACCCAAAUCUCAGCUGAUGAAGAGACUUAGAGGAAGAGCUCAACUUUAGGAGCUCCUUUCUUUUGCAGGAAUAGUACAGGGUUAUGGGAAAUUAUACAGGUCUCUCAUCUUGGGCAUACCAGAGAAGGAAGAGGCCAUUUCCCUUUCGCCUUUUUGUAGAAUCGUUUUUAGGACUAGGAGAGUGUUCUGCAUCGGUUCUGUUUCCUUUAUCUCGUUUGAAAUUCAGCCUUACUUGUCAUUGAGGCACAAAGCUUCAAAGCAAGAUUAGCGGACAACAGGCAUGUCCCGUUUCUCAUGUCUCUGUCAUGAGACCCUUGUUAUCAUUUGCAUUUGAUAUAAGUGAAGGUGAUUGCAAGUGAAAAAAA